AUGAGGGGCUUUCUCCUCUACGGCCAUCGUCAAAGCGCCGAUUACUGUCCACCGCUGCAAGCGAGCUGGAGGUCACUGUGGACGGCAAAAUCCGGCGGCUUCGUUUCGAAAACAUUGCUUUUCGCAAGUCCUUCAUUUCCUGGAAUUCAGAUACAGAGGCGCCAUGAAUCUUUGGAAGCUUUAAUGGAGCUACUUGGCGAAACUGUUCCUGAGCCGGCAGACACCGAAGACGUUGCGAUAGAACAACCGACGAUGGCGGAGAUCUGCUCCGAAAAGUGUGGCUUCUUACCGAAAAUGUACUUGCAACUGCUUAUUGCGGUGGCUGCGCGGCUGAUGAUUUAUCCCCUUAUUACCGUCGGGAACUACCGAAGGAUUUCCAAAUUUCAGAAUGCGGUUCCUUCGUUGCAGGCUUUUUACCACGAUAUCAGCGAGUCGAAACGCCGUGAAAAUCUCGAGCUAAUUAAGGCCAGUGAACAACGACUGCACGACUACUGCAAGAGUCGCAACUUGCCAAGCCUCGGCGAUCAGUUGAUCCCGAUCGUAAUUUCGACGACGCUGUUUGGCACUCAAUUUUUUGGAAUUAUGAAAGCUGCUAAGGCAUUCUGCGUCGGCUUCGACAGCGAAGGAAUGCUGUGGUUCACCGACCUUACGUCGAACAGUCCCGUUCUUGCCAUCGUUGCUUCUUCGACGUAUUGCACAUGGAUGCUAGCAGUUCUUUGUUUCGUAAUACCAGAUUUUACGCUGAAUGCCGUCUUUGCGUCGUUGUACUCGGUUUCGAUCUAUCGUAAACUCAUGCAUAUAGAAGAUCCGAUUAAGUUUGACAAGCAGCACUACAUAGACUUUCCGGAACAGGUUUCUGACGCUAUUAGCUCCCGCCUGGGGAAGAUUAGAGCCAUCCGACGGCGCAACUUAGAAGGCAUGAGAAGGUCCGGUUUACCGUUGCUAUUUGACCCAGAGCGUCUUCCAUCGAAAUUGAAAGAGUUCAUCUUCCGUAGGAAGCCGGUUGCCACUUGA